CAGGAGUCGCCGCUGGACCGCGGGCGCGGCGCACCAGGGCUGUACUCUGGGGGUCCCCGGGUGUCCGGCUGCCAAGAGGUUCGGUUCCCGGCUGGCGUCCGCGCCUCCGGCCCCAGGGGUGUGUGUGUGCCCUUGGCGUGACACAGCAGACCCGGGGCAAAUGAGCGGCGAUGUCUGUGUCCACUCCUGGUCCUGCUCCUACUAUUUGGCCCUCAAGAAGCGAUGGAUCCCUGGGAGCCUGUCCUUGACACCUCACUCACUAAAGUUCACAGCGGCCAGCACUGGGGAGGUUCUUGUGGGCUUGCCCCUUGCCAGCAUCGUGGAGGUCCGGAAAGAAGCCUCCCACUUCAUCUUCAGUGCCAUCACAGUCCUAGAGAGGAGCUGCCUCAAACACUGGUUUGGCUCCCUGAGGCCCAGCCGUGAUGUGGUCUUCAAUGUCAUCGAGCAUUUCUGGAGAGAUCUGCUGCUGUCACAGCAUGUCAAGGCCACAGAGGUGGCCCCCCCUGCCCCAACCAGGGGGCGGGAGCUGAUGGGGCUGAUGACCAGCACCCAGAGGCACCUGGAAGACGCCGCCAAGGUUCUGCACCACCAGGGCGAGCAGCUGGACAGUGUCAUGAAGGGUCUGGAGAAGAUGGAGUCAGACCUGGAUGUGGCUGGCAGAUUGCUGACAGAACUGGAGUCCCCGUCCUGGUGGCCUUUUAGUUCCAAGCUCUGGAAGACACCAGAAGAAGUGAAGCCCAGGGGAGCAGUCUCUGGGGCCAGCGGUGAGCCAUGUGGGAAGGACGAGGUUGUGAUCCAAGUGCCUGCAGUGAUCUCCCGCGGAGCAGAGUCGCGCACCCAGCCAGGAAGGCUCACCGUGCUGGUGUCUGCACUGGAAAUCCAUGGUGCCAGCGCCAUGCUUCUACACAGGUUCCAGAGGGCAGAGGUGGACAGUGUUAAGGUCCACUCACCGUACGAGGUGAGCAUUUGCCAGCGGUGCACCGGGAAGCCUGACGUGGCUUUCCGCGUGCUGUCUGCCAGGAUGCCGGAGCUCAUCCCUGUUUUAGAGGUGCGAUUCAGCGAGAAGGUCGAGCAGCUGAGAGACCCCACACUGCUCUCAAGUUCAAGAGCAGCUUCCCUGGCAAGACCAGCAGCAUCCGGGCUCAUGGGCUGUGUUGUGCCCACAGGAGGCCAAGAGGGCAGGUGGCCACAGCCACAGAAGGCCCAGCCGCUGCUUCCUGAGGACGAUGCCCAGAAGCUGACCCAGGUUUUCACGAGGUCCUCCCUGCAGUGAGUCAGCAAGCCUCACUGCUGGGGCUGCCUGAGCCCAGAGGCUCGAGUCAGGGCGGUGUCCAGCACUUGCUGUGAAGCAGUCUGUGAGGGCGGGCUGAGGUAGCAUGUGUGACGAGGGUGGAGCGGUGCUUGGGUGCACCGCAUAGCGCUGGCGACUCUCAGCCUCUGUCUAGAAAGAUUGGAGAAUGAAAAGCCAGAACACAUCAUGUGCAGUCAUGCGCUGUAAUCUCAUAUUUCUCUUUUCUGAGAGUAUGUGGACAUGGUGUGAGGCAAAACAGGACGAUGGAGGCCGAGUGCCCUACUCUGGAACGCCCGCCAGGUCACUCACUGCUGUAGACCUGGGCUUUGCAGAGGAGGGGUCUCAGCCCCUCAUGCACCCGUGAUGCACACUGUUCCCUCCCUGCCUUCUUGUCUUUAAGAGAAAAGUAAGGCUAAUGGUGCCCAGGAUCUGGCAGGGCCUGGCCCCCCACAGGUAGUGUGGCUGGAGCCCGGCUUUCUCAUGUGCAGAGGCUGCAGUGUGUAGGCUGGAGCCUCACGCCCAGAAGUGUAUCUCCGUGUCAGCAGUCACAUGUCACUUAAGAACAGCCUGGCCCAGCGGGAGACUGCGUCGUCGUGGGAACAUCACAGAGCGUACACACACAGAUGGGCCUGUGAACUCAGCAAGUCAUUCACGGGCCCUUCUCGGGCUGGAACGAGACACGACGCGUGGCUGUAAACGCGAUCACAUUUCAGAGUGACGGGGUGCUAGAGACAGCAGAGGAGCUGCCAGGGCUGUGUGUGGCCUGCCCAGCUAAGGCUGGGGGGCCUUGUCAGGGGACAUCAGGUGACACUACUGGGUGGCAGAGGCCAUCCCUUCCUGCAGUUCCUGGCAAGACAGCCUUCCUACCUCACCAGGAGUGGAGUGAAUGAGAAAAUAGUCCAACAAGAGAGAGUGGCAGGGGGGCCUGAUCUCCCAUGGCUGUGGGCUGGGCUUUAUUUUCUUUUUGAUGGUGCUGUCUGGGCAGCUGCCAUGUGAGGUCAUCAGCGCAGGAGAUGGAAAAGACCUACUGUAUGAGGUCACCCACCACCCCUGGGGCUGCUGACCCUGCUGAUACUUUCCAGAGCACGGGCCAGGCUCUCAGUGAUGACUCAGUGCCGACGAUCCACCACGGGGGAGUCUGUGACCCCCGCCUGCAGGCGGCGCUUCCGGCCCUGCGGAGUUUGCAGGCCUCAUGCAGCUGUGGGUUUUGCCGUUCAUAGGCCUGUUCUGCCUAAUGUCAGGAUGGAGGUCAGGCCCUGUUUUGUUGCUUGUUGGUCGGAUGCUGCAGGCAAGGGUGAAGGUCUCCCUGUCAGGGUGAGGCUGGCUGGCAUUGAGCUCCUCCUCUGAUGUCAGGAUCACUGCUCUCGCUGAGGUGAAUGGAGCUCCUGUGCGUGAGCCCGGAAGCCACAGGCAUCGCGCACAGCAGCCCUGCUCUCGGUGGUGGGCGCAGCCACGGCUGCUCUGCUAAGUCAGGAUCCUAGAGUCCAGAGCUGUCCCUAGAGCCGGGUGGUGACUCCAAAGCACAUGCAUGGCAGCAGGCUGUUUCUCCAGACAGCCCUGAGAAAUGUGCUAGUGCUGCUCUUGAGGGUGCUUGCCCCCAUCACAGUGGUUGUCGUUGCUGCUGCUUUAUAGCGCUUCUCCUUUUGUCUGUUCAGGUUUAGCCCAGGCCUCGUGUUACAGCAGCCACACAGGGGUGCAGUUCUGCAGAGCUGAGAAGGACUCUGUGGUGUACACAGCACCAUGUGCCCCACCAGCCCAGGGCCCUGCUCCAGUGUGUACUAUGUGGUCUCACCUCGAGGCCUCCAAGGCUAGGGAGACCCACCCAGAGGUGCCACAGUCACACAGCACUGCCUGCAGCCAGCUCUGUGCAGCGGACAGGAGGUUCUGACAUCAGGAUGGCGUGUGGUGCAGCCACCUGUGUGUCACCACUACCCUGCUGCUUUUGGAGUCUAUGCUGCACUUCCUGGAGCCAUUGGCUAGUGUCACUGCAGGCGCAAGGCUGCUUUGUGCUGAGGCAUAAGAAGCACUGAUGUCACUAGGUCCUGCAUCUGUGUCUGUGUCUGUGUGAGGUGGGGUGUGUGUGUGUGUGUGUGUGUGCGUGUGUGUGUGUGUGUGUACUGAUCACACAUCCAGAGAAAGGGCCCUGCUUCUCCUGUCCAGUCUUGUUUCUCUCACCUUGCAGGGGCAGGAGUGGGAGCACCCUACACCAUGCCUGAGACAGUUCCCAUGAGGAAGGGGCCACAGGUGGAGGGCACCAGGGGCUGGUGGCUGGUGGGCACCUGCA